AUGCGCCCGACUUCGGCGCGCCCGCGCUUCAUAUUGGCCACCCGGCUAUUUCUGUUGCUGCUCCUGAGCGCCGCCUCUUUCGCCCGGUUUGCCCCCCCGCGUGAAGAUGGACGAGGCCAAAGGGCUUCCCCUGGCGACUCUGACUGGUCCCGAAACCGACCCUAUCCUGGCCGCGACAAGUAUCUCGUCGGCGUCGGCAAAGGCGACAUUACCGGUCCCGUUGUCGACCUCAACCUGGCAGGUUAUGCCCAGGCCUCGCAAGUCGGAAACGGGUUACGGCAGCGCCUGUACAGCCGGGCCUUUAUCAUGGGUGACGUCAAGAACCCAAAGGAACGAGUGAUCUAUGUUGUCAUGGACGGCCUCGUUGGCGAUACUGCGAUUCGUCUCGGUGUACUGGAAGGUCUCAAGAAAGGCGGGGCCGAGUACUCCGUGUACGGAACACAUAACAUUGCCCUGGCAGCUGUCCACAGCCAUGCAACUCCAGGUGGUUGGUGGAAUUACUUCCUGCCCUCGAUACCAAAUUUGGGGUUUGACCGCCAGAGCUAUAAAGCUCUUGUCGAAGGCACUUUACUGGCCAUCAGGCGGGCCCAUGAGAGCCUCCAGGAGGGCUACCUCGAUGUGGGCACGACAGAAAUCAGGGACGCCGCCAUCAACCGGUCCCUCUUUGCAUAUCUCCGCAACCCCGAGGAGGAGCGGCAGAGAUAUCAAAGUGACACGGAUACGACCAUGACGCUUCUCCGGCUCAGGCGGGCAUCUGAUAUGAAGAGCAUUGGUCUGCUGACGUGGUUCCCCGUCCACGGCACAUCUCUUUACAACAAUAACACGCAUGUGUCUGGCGACAACAAGGGCCUCGCGUCUUGGAUGACGGAGCAAGCAUUGAAGAAGGAUGACUCGGCCGUCGACGGAUUCAUUGCUGCCUUUAGCCAGGCGAACUUGGGCGACGCCAGCCCCAACACUGAGGGGGCGUGGUGCGAGGAUGGCUCCGGGCAGAUGUGCAACUUCCAGACGGCCUCUUGCCCGAACGGCAAGGUGACUGGGUGUCACGGGCGUGGACCCAUGUUUCGGGAGAAGGACCAGGGCACCAGUAGCUGUCACGAGAUUGCCCGGCGACAGGCCACUGCUGCCACCGAGUUACUGCGCAAGGCUUCAAUGGAUUCGUCCUCUACGCCAAUUGUAGGAACAGGAGUCAAAGGUUUUCACUUUUUCCACAACAUGGCCUGGUGGAAUUUCACUCUCCCCAAUGGCACCCAGGUCACCACUUGUCCUGGAGCCCUGGGCUACUCUUUUGCCGCCGGCACGACUGACGGUCCAGGUUUGUUUGACUUUGUCCAGGGCGAGGCCAACCGGCCAAGAAACCCCCUCUGGAAAAUCGUCUUUGGCUUCCUUAGGAUUCCCACUGCAAGGCAAAUUAAGUGUCAAUCUCCAAAGCCCAUUCUGUUUGACGGUGGCGAGCAGACGUUCCCUUAUGCCUGGGAGCCAAACGUUGUGGACAUAUCCAUGUUUCGCAUCGGCCAACUACUCAUCAUUCUUAGUCCGAGUGAGGUCACGACCAUGAGCGGCCGACGGUGGAAGGCGGCGGUGGCUAGAGAAGCAACUAAUAUCCUGGACACGGACCCCGUCGUCGUCAUUGCUAGCCCGGUCAACACCUAUGCGCAUUAUCUUACGACGCCAGAGGAAUAUGCCGUUCAGCGCUACGAAGGGGCUUCUACCAUUUUUGGCCCGCACGCACUAAACGCGUAUAUUAAUCUGACGGUCGGAAACAUGCGUUACUUGGAACCGGGCUCAACGGAUCUUCCGGGGCCAGGCCCACUCCCGCCAGACAACCGAAAGAAGGCAUUCAACUUUAACUUUGUAUUCAAGCUUGAGGGCAAGCCGUUGCGGCGCUCUUUUGGCGACGUUAUCCAACAACCGAACAGAGUACAUAGAAUUGGGGAUAAUGUUCAAGCAACGUUCCAGGGAGCGAGCCCUCGCAACAACUUGCGGCUUGAACAGACGUUUGCUGCUGUUGAACAGCUCGGCCCCAACGACAGAUGGACGCCAGUGCGCGACGACAGCGAUUGGUUCUUGGUCUAUACUUGGCGCGCAACGAACAAAUUCCUCGGAUACAGCGAGGUUGACGUCAGGUGGGAAACAAAGGGGAACGCGGAGCCGGGAACUUACCGGUUCAAGUACUACGGGGAUUCCAAGGCGCUGAUGAAAAAGGCUGAGCCGUUUCAGGGAACGAGUGAGCCGUUUGAGCUGGGGCAAUAA